AACCAAAGAGGACAAAGCAAUUCCAUCCAAGGAUUCCUCCUCAUCCCCACCAAUGCUUUACGAGCACCGGCCCCAUCCCGUGCCACUGAGCUCCCCCACCUGCACUGAAGAUGCCGCUGCCAACGCUGGACUGACAAAGCUCUCACAGAGAAAAGCGUGAUUGGGGCGGUGGUAGUUGGUGACCCAAGUGACGUAGAAUAGAAAGAUGGUGGCCACUGUUUGAUGGGUUCAUCGAUGUGCCUGCGAUCCCCCUUGAUUCCUCUACCCUCUUCGAAUCCACUGCUCCAUUGGCCUCGGGGGAAUUCCGGAGGGACAGAACCUCCCCAACUACUGAUAGAAUUGUCUGUAUCAGGCCACUGAUUGCUAUCUCAGCCGGUGGUUAGAGAUAUUUUCCUGAGCAGCGAUGAUGCACACCAUAUGCUUGUGGAAAUGGCAACUCCGCUCGGCAAGGCAUUGAUGUUGGACUCUGCUUGCUCGCACAGUUUUUUCUACCUACUAGACUUAAAAGCUAUGAUGUCUUCCCAUAUCACUGUCGACGUAUGCAUCCUUUGUUCUAUCAAGAAAAAGGAGGUGAGGAGAAGUGUUUUGCAUCCUCUCAACACAACCAAAGCUGAUGCAGGCUGUCAAUUACUGGUUAGCCAAUGCUGGAAACAACUAAAGCAUUAUGAUUACUGAAGCAGAGGCUCGGUUUCGUCCUCCGUUACGAGCAUUCAGAGACUGCCUCCUCUCCGCCCACCGCGCGUUCAGAUCCGGCAGCGGCGAUGCUUUCCGGCGCUCGAUCUCUCUCUUCCCUCCCCGCCGCUUUCCACCUCUUCCUCCUCCUCUUCCUCGCCGCGUCAACUUCCGCCUCCGAGUCCGACCACAAGUACCAAGCUGAAGACCCGGUUACUCUCUGGGUAAACAAGGUUGGCCCUUACAAUAACCCUCAGGAGACAUAUAAUUAUUACAGCCUUCCAUUUUGUCAUACAUCUAAGAACCCUGCACACAAGUGGGGUGGGCUAGGGGAGGUCCUCGGUGGAAAUGAACUGAUUGACAGCCAGAUCCAGAUAAAGUUUCAACGCAAUGUUGAAAAAGGCUCUAUUUGUGCUCUUGAGCUUGAUGACGCAAAAGUUGCACAAUUCACAAGUGCUAUAGAGAACUCAUAUUGGUUUGAAUUUUUCAUUGAUGACUUGCCGUUGUGGGGUUUUGUUGGAGAGAGUGAUAAAAACAACAAAGAUAAGCAUUAUCUUUACACACACAAAAACAUUGUCAUCCAACACAAUGGAAAUCAGAUUAUUCAUGUCAAUCUCACUCAAGAAAGUCCUAAACUUCUGGAAGUUGGGAUGAAAUUGGAUAUGACAUAUUCAGUCAAAUGGUUGCCAACUGAUGUGGCAUUUUCUCGCCGUUUUGAAGUUUAUUUGGAUUACCCUUUCUUUGAACACCAGAUUCACUGGUUCUCUAUCUUCAAUUCUUUCAUGAUGGUUAUUUUCCUCACUGGCCUGGUAUCAAUGAUAUUGAUGAGGACUCUCAGAAAUGACUAUGCAAAAUAUGCACGUGAAGAUGAUGAUCUUGAGACUCUGGAAAGAGAUGUUAGUGAAGAAUCUGGAUGGAAACUUGUUCAUGGUGAUGUCUUUCGACCUCCACGCAGGCUGGUUCUUAUUUCAGCUCUUGUUGGUACCGGUGCUCAGCUGGCAAUGCUUGUUCUUCUAGUAAUUUUGUUGGCAAUUAUUGGAACAUUAUACAUUGGGCGAGGAGCUAUUGUUACCACUUUUAUAGUGUGCUAUGCUCUUACCUCAUUUAUUUCGGGCUAUGUCAGUGGUGGACUUUACUCACGUAAUGGUGGUAAAAGUUGGAUAAAGGGAAUGAUCCUCGCAGCAUCAUUGUUUCCAUUUUUGUGCUUUGGGAUUGGCUUCAUGCUUAACACAAUCGCUAUAUUUUAUGGAUCACUAGCAGCUAUUCCAUUUGGGACAAUGGUGGUUGUGUUCAUAUUAUGGGCUUUCAUCUCCUUUCCAUUGACACUUCUAGGCACUGUUGUUGGUAGGAACUGGAGUGGUGCACCAAACAACCCAUGCCGUGUGAAGACCAUCCCUCGUCCUAUCCCUGAGAAGAAAUGGUAUCUUACACCUUCUGUUGUGUCACUUAUGGGAGGAUUGCUUCCAUUUGGUAGUAUCUUCAUUGAGAUGUACUUUGUCUUCACAUCAUUCUGGAAUUACAAGGUAUAUUAUGUGUAUGGGUUUAUGCUACUUGUUUUUCUGAUCCUCAUAAUUGUGACCAUUUGUGUGACCAUAGUUGGCACAUACUUUUUGUUGAAUGCUGAGAACUAUCACUGGCAGUGGACUUCAUUCCUUUCUGCUGCCUCAACAGCUGUCUAUGUAUACCUUUACUCUGUAUAUUACUACUAUGUGAAGACCAAGAUGUCAGGGUUUUUCCAGACUAGCUUCUACUUUGGCUACACCUUAAUGUUUUGUUUGGGAUUAGGAAUACUGUGUGGUGCUGUGGGUUAUCUUGGCUCUACUCUAUUCGUGAGAAGGAUUUACAGAAACAUUAAAUGUGACUAGCUGCAGCCACAACCAGAAGAUUAAUACCAUAUCCUCCCUACAAAAUUUUGAAACAGACAGAACGUCAGGUUGAUAGUUGGAUUGCCGAUAUAAGCUAAUGCUGCUUGUGCAAAUUGUAUGCGAGGGAUGCGCUAGCUUCAUUCUUUUUUUUUUUUUCUUUUUUUUUUCUUUUUUUUUUUACUUUCCUUUCACAAUUGUUUUCUUUCUGUUUUGGACUUGAGAUUUUAAUUCUUUUUUAGGUUACUUUUGGUCAUCAGCCUUAAUAUACCUAUAGCCUAGUCAAGCAUUGAUCUUCCUCUGGAAAACAUGGUCAGACACCUUUUCUUGUAUGCAUCGCAGCAUAUUAUACUUGGAUUUAUUACAUCCAUUCUGUACUGGAAGUGAUUGCCAUUUUUGUUAUAAUCCUGAUCAUAUUUUUGCA